AAUUUUCAGAAUCUAUAAAGAUGUGUCUAUCUGCAAUGAUGAUGGGAGGUGGCGGAGGAGGCCAGUUCUUCUCAGAACUACCCAACCAACCCGCUGCAAAAAUGUACAGGAACUUGUUAUGGGUGGUCCUUUUGGCACAUCUUGGUUUGGCAAUUGCCUUUAUUGUGGUGGCUGGUACAAGAGGAAUAUUUGAGCUGAUAGCAGUUAUGGUCCUGUUCUGUGCAAAUUCUCAAGCUAAUUUCUGCUGCAUGGUGAUGUAUAUACUCAGGUUAUUACUUGGGCUUCUUCAAAUGUUCUCAUUUGCAGGUCUAAUUCUACAAAAUUCAGAUAUUGAUGCAAAGAAAGGAGAAUUUAUCAUAGCUUGAUUAUUUGUAGCUUUCUAUAUUAUUGCUCUUGUCAUUUCAUUUUAUGCAUACAGAGAAUAUAAAGCAAUCACGAUGGGUGAGGCUGGAGUUAUGGGAGCAAUGGGCGGUGGAGGCUUUGGUAGUGUGAAUCCUAACCAAAGUGAUGCAAGAGAAAACCCAGGAAAUGAAGGAGAUUAUCAAAGAAUUCCUCAAAAUCAAGCCAAUCAAGCUCAGCCAGCUCCUCAACCGAAUAACGUUCGAGAUGUAUCAGGCAAUAACAAUAAUAAUUACAAUGCUUUCCAAGGUCGAGGAGUAAGACUUGGAGGAGACUAAAUUUACCUUAAUUAUGCUGAAUAAUUAGUCGAGAUUAUUCUCUUUUCCUCGCUUCCUCUCCAAGAGGGAAUAUUCCAACUUUCAGAUAGGAUUAGCCCUAA